AUGAAAGCACGAAGACGCCCGAGUCGCUCAUCUCGUACUUCGAUUGAGAAGCGAGAGACUUCGAGUCCAACUUCAUAUUAUAGGAGCCCAUUCCAGCCACCUACACCGAUACGUAGGCUCGAGUCUGCGUCGCCUUCGCCAUCUGUAUCGGUCCUGCCGACAGCUCGAUCAGUCCCCGGCUACCGCAAGUCGAGAAGCGAACGCGCUGCUAUACGGCACUCGUACUCUACCUCUGAUCCCACGAACAACUCGUCCCCAUCUGAACGCCCACCUCCGCCCAGUCGCCCGCCUCCGCCCAUACCCACUGCACCGAGCUUUGGGAGCCUAGGCAGUGCCGUAGAGAGCCCGUUGGAACGGAUACUUGAGUCGCCGUUUGAGCAAGAUCGCCAAAUUGAACACCUGAGACUGGAUAGUGUAGACAAGAAGCUGUCAAACAUGGAGCCAACACGGCUGCAACCGCCGGUCAUGGGUGGUACAAAGGGCCGCGCAAUUCAGCAGGCGAAGGAAAUGGCGGUGCUGGUCGCAGAGAGAGCGAAGCGAAGUGGUGAUGAGCCACCACCAUACGACUUUUACGAACUCAUUGGCAAGGGCGCAUACGGUCGCGUUUUUAAAGGCAAGAGCAGGAUCUCGGGUGGACAAGUCGCCAUCAAGAUCAUUGACAUCGAUAAGGUCGACUACGAGGAAAUGACUACCAAGAACCUGUCAGAGACACUAAAAGAAAUCGACAUCCUCCAGCAACUGAGAGACAGCAAAGCGCGGCCGUACGUCAAUAUUAUCGAAGAAGCACGGCCGGUACACAACGAGCUUUGGAUCAUCAGCGAGUAUGCCAGUGGUGGUAGUGUCAACACAUUAAUGAAGCCUACGAUGAACCUCAAAGACCCUGGACCUGGCCUGCCGGAGAAGUUCAUUAUCCCGAUCGCUCGUGAGCUGGCCCUCGGUCUAAAGUACAUCCACGAAGCCGGUGUCUUGCAUAGAGAUCUAAAGUCCAACAACGUUCUUAUUCUCGAAGAUGGCCGCGUGCAGCUUUGUGAUUUCGGUGUCUCCAAUACGCUUGAGCCGCAUAAAUCCAAGCGAUCAACAAUCGUUGGCACACCUAAUUGGAUGGCACCCGAGCUUCAAAAGGAAUGGGUCAAGGAUGCAGAUCCACACAGUCUACUUCAACCGAAAGAGAUCUCCUAUGGCAACGAAGUCGAUAUAUGGGCUUAUGGCUGUACUGUAUUUGAGAUGGCCUGCGGGUUUCCGCCAUUUCACCGAACAGUACAGUGGGACUUGCCAACAGCUGGAGUUCCCGAACUUGAAGGCGAUCGGUUCUCACCGGAAUUGAAGGAUUUCGUCGCAUUUGUCCUCGAGCCCGAAGCGCAUGCGCGGCCUACCCCUGACGAGAUACUCGAGCAUCCAUAUCUUGCAGGUAGCACUAAGAUGUACCCCACCUCCACGCUCGUCAAGUUAGUUGAGGAGUACUAUGCUUGGGAGCAUCAGGGUGGCGCACGCCAGUCUCUGUUCAAUCCUUUUGGAGCCCAAGCGCCUGAUCCGCUCGCCCCAGAACCUGAGGAUGAAGAUGACGAUGACUGGUCAUUUAGUACCUCCGAGGAGUUCGAACAAGAACAUGCACCGCAGUUCACUGAUCCGUUUGCCGGUGGAGUAGCAGGACAGUCCUUUACCGGCAUGAGCAUGCCGCCUGCAGACAUAGGCCGCUUCGAACAGUUGCAAGCUAGGUUCAAAGAAGAGUCGAUUGUGCGGGGACAGAAGAGACUGAACAAGCUGUUCGACCCAAACUCGACACCGUACAGAUACAGCGCGAUCGAUGCAUCCGACAUUCCCAGCGGGCGGCCGCCUUCGGAUUUGGUGCUUCGAGACUUCAACCCCGGCGCGCCCAACCGGGAGACAGUCAUUGAUCUCGAUUUCUCAAUGCCCUCAGUAGACGAUAUACCCAGUAUAGAUCUUGGCGAGGUGCCGACCAUCAAAGCGAAUCGAGUGAAGAGCAUACUGCGGCAGAUGGAGGAGGAGGAACAACAAGAAGAGGCGUUUAAAGAAGAGGCCUAUAGCGACGAGAAUGAGCUUACUAAAAGAGCAACGAGAGAAUGGACGUUUCCCAGUAUGAAUGAAGAGCCCAACCGCAAGACAAUGGAAUGGUCAUUUGCCACGGAACAGCCGAACCGCAAGACGAUGGAGUGGUCCUUCCCUGGCCCUCCCGAAGAACCAUCGAACCGCAAGACGAUGGAAUGGUCUUUCCCAGCUCAGCCCCAAAAACCAAAUCGACGCACAGUAGAGUGGACAUUUGACGCAGCGAUGGCUGAAGCUAACAAUGAGGCGCCCAGGAGUCGCACGUCCCGACGGCGCGAAACAAAAGAGUGGGUUUUUCCUAAGUCAGAGGAAAACAGUUCAACUCGAGACUUUGCAUUUCCUAUGGGUAGCCCAGAUGGGAAAGAGCGUCGCACGCACUCAAAGGACGACUCCAGUCUCUCUUCUUCGCCUACCCUUGCUCCCAAUUUCCAACCAGGCCUUCGGCAUGCCAAGACUGCACCGCUCGCGACCAUAGAUGACUACCCUCAGAUCAGUUCGGCACCUGGAUCUCCACUGCGAACUUCGAUGAUCGACCUGGACAUGGCAACGGUCGAAGACUACCGGCCAUCGACCGCUAGCUCAGAGUCGGCAUACACCGCGGGAACAGAGCGCAUGGAUAACCCUUUCAACCUCGAAGAUCAGGUGCAGCUUUCGCAGAACAACCACCGCGCUUCAUUCCACAUGAAGAGCCAAUCUGAGCCGAAUCAUGCUGUUCCAGGUCUUUUGACUCCUCAACAGUAUGAUGAGCAAGGCAAGCCAACGAAUCAGGACCCGCAUCACCCGAGCAUGCACGCCCGUGGUGUAAGCUCGGCAAGCCAGGUACAGAGCCAUACCAAACCACCUCCAAACAAUAUCGCAGGCGGCCAGUACCAUCGCAGCAACCAGCGCUCUCAGCAAAUCAUCUGGGACGGCUGGUCGCAUACCAUGGCAUACGGACUUAGUAGUGACGACCAGUCGCCGCCGAUGAGCGUGACAACAGACACUAGCCUCGAAGAAGAAGAUGUCGAUGAACUAUGGGAUAACUUUGAACGUCUCACGCUCCAGAACCAGCGCCGCUAUCAAUCUUUCGCACCCUUGCGCUCGUCGCGGCGGACUGACUCCACAUCCACAACUCUCACUAACAACACGUACAACCUCGACUCCGACACAGACGAUACCUAUCCCUACUCCUCAGACUCCACAUACGACGAACCACCAUCACAAAACCAAUUUCGCAAAUCUACAGUUAGCGUCGGUCCGAAUGGUAAGCCUCUAGUCGAGUUUCCUGUUCCUAGAGGGCCUGCUCCAGAGGCCUUGUUGGGUGCAGAUGCAGACCCGAGGGUUAUGCAAGAUUUGCUGCUCAAGAGUGCAAUGGAGUUGAGGGACGGAACGAGGGCGAGUAGAGAUUUGCUUCGGGCAAUGCGGUUGAAUGAGGUACAGGAGGAAGGGUCCGCUACGGCGGAGUCAAGCGGUCAGGACCAGGGCACCGUGAGGUUGAGAGGAUCACGAUGA